CUCAGAAGGAGGAAGGGGUCAGGAAGAGGACUGUGAACUUCCCGGGGCCCCAGGAGAAGUGAAAAUGUCUCCUGCUGCUGCUUGAAGCCGGCCUCAACCCUGCCAGCUCCGCCUGGGCGCUGCGCACCGGUCAGCACCGGGGCCCGGGGCCAGAAAGCAGGCGAAGCUGGGUUUAUCUGGGGGUUGGGGAUCCUCUUGUAAUAACUGCUGUUCACACCCGACUUCCAACCCUUCCACCCCUCCAUCUCCGCCCCGGACUUGCAUAGCACAAGCAAGGGAAUAGCAACUCUGUCUUUGAUCAUCACAUCUAGUUAAAAUCAUGAUGGUGGUGGUGGUGGUAGUGUUAAUGCAGGGAGCAGGACCCAAAUCGAGAGACGAAUCCUGCCACCAGGAAAAUGGGUAAAAGGCUGAACCCCGUCCUCCGGAAGGUCGGAGCCUGCGGGUGAGCCGCAGCUCGCCGGCCUUCUCGCCAGCUGGAAGGCAGCGGUCGCCGCCAUGGCGGUGUGCGGCCCGCGCUGCCGCCGGUCGCCGGGAGGUGGCGCGCUCUGCUCAGUGGCCGGCGCCAACCUUCUCGCUGUCUCUCCCCCUUCUUUUUCCCCCUCUCUCGGAGGCUCACAUUGAAUCGGCCCUAACGAUUCUCGGAUCGUCAUUAUUUGUAACCAUAGAGCAUGAAUUACCUCUUGAGGUCAUCAGCGAGAAUUUACGACUGGUCAACAAAAGCACGUGAUUCCCUAACGCCCCCCAUCCCCCUUCCAACUCCCCCCCCCAUAUUUGGCCGCAUACAUAGCAAAACGAAGUACAGUGCAUCGCUAUAAUUCAUUAAUACAUCAUAAAUCGUGAAGCACAGGGUUAUAACGACCACGAUCCACAAAUCAAGCCCUCCAAAAUCACCCAAAUGAGCUCGUACUUUGUAAACUCCUUCUCGGGGCGUUAUCCAAAUGGCCCGGACUAUCAGUUGCUAAAUUAUGGCAGUGGCAGCUCUCUGAGCGGCUCUUACAGGGAUCCCGCUGCCAUGCACACCGGCUCUUACGGCUACAAUUACAAUGGGAUGGACCUCAGCGUCAACCGCUCCUCGGCCUCCUCCAGCCACUUUGGGGCGGUGGGCGAGAGCUCGCGCGCCUUCCCCGCGCCCGCCCAGGAGCCCCGCUUCAGGCAGGCGGCGUCGAGCUGCUCCUUGUCCUCGCCCGAGUCCCUGCCCUGCACCAACGGCGACAGCCACGGCGCCAAGCCCUCCGCUUCGUCCCCCUCCGACCAGGCGACCCCGGCCAGCUCCAGCGCCAAUUUCACCGAAAUAGACGAGGCCAGCGCGUCCUCGGAGCCUGAGGAAGCGGCGAGCCAGCUGAGCAGCCCCAGCCUGGCUCGGGCGCAGCCAGAGCCCAUGGCCACCUCCACGGCCGCGCCCGAGGGGCAGACUCCGCAGAUAUUCCCCUGGAUGAGGAAGCUGCAUAUUAGCCAUGAUAUGACCGGGCCGGAUGGGAAAAGGGCCCGGACCGCGUAUACCCGCUACCAGACGCUGGAGCUGGAGAAGGAGUUCCACUUCAACCGCUACCUGACCCGGCGGCGGCGCAUCGAGAUCGCCCACGCGCUCUGCCUGUCCGAGCGCCAGAUCAAGAUCUGGUUUCAGAACCGGCGCAUGAAGUGGAAGAAAGACAACAAACUGAAAAGUAUGAGCCUGGCCACAGCCGGCAGCGCCUUCCAGCCCUGAGCCCGCCCGGAGGAGGGGGCCCAACCCCCACCCCAGGCCGGCCCAGGAGCCCGCGCCAACCCCCAGCCCCACCGGCCCCUCCAAGUCCUCCCCGCGCGGGCGGCCGCCGCCUGCCCACUGGGGACCGGUUCCCAUGAGCCUGCCUCGCCCUGGCCUUGUGUGACCAUUUUUCGUUCGGUCUUAGGUCUUCCUGUGGCUCCCCAUCUCUCCUGGACUGGUUAUCUUGUUAUUAUUGUUAAUAAUAAUAUUAUUUCCCCCCCAUGCUCCCCACUUUCCCUGGCUUGACCCAAUCCGCUGGUGUUCCUGUAUGUCUGUGGUUGCAGCUCCUUUCCCCUCCCCAACUCCCCAACCCCAGGAAAAAAAAGAAAAGAGAAAGAAAUUCGCAUGUUAAAGGUGAACUUUCCCCUCCCCAUCUGUGUUCUAACUUAUUUAUGAAAGGAUGACCACCACUGAUUUUGAAUUUCAAACUUCGCUAAGAGGUGGCAGUCAGAGCUAGCGGGCCCGUGUCACAGCAGUCCUGGGCCCAGUGGAUCUGGCCCCAAUGAAUCCACGAUGGUGUCUCUUCUCCUCCUCCUCCCCCACCCUCCUCACUCCCCAGGCCCCCAGUAUCCCCUCGGCUGGAACCUUGGCUGGGUAGGGGCCAGGGAAGGUGGAAGGGGUGAUGUGGACAAGACAGUAGGAAAAUGGAGUGCGAUUGCUUCCCUGGGUAGGCCCUGCAAGGCCUGGUGGUGGGAGCGUGCGGAAACACAACUCAUCCUGCGUGUGAAAUGUCUUGUGGGUUUCUCUGUCAAUGUGUGGGUCCAGCUAGAGGGCCCACAGCUUGUAAAUAUGGGGAGGGUCUGGGUCAGACCCACCUUCUCCUCCCUGUCGUCCACUUCACUCGCCAAGAUCCUGUUUGGAGCGGUUGGACGCUGUGCUGUGUGCUGUGCUGUCUUUGCCGGGCUCGCCUCAGUGAUUCUGAUUCGCUUUUGGUAUUUGUCUGUAGCUUUCCUUGAAGUCCAAUAAAUGUUUCCCCUACUCCA